GUAAGAUUAUAGCGAGGUGCUCACGCGGGUAGGGAGGGGGGCUUGGGUGUUGCCACGGUCUCGGAGCUGAAGUCAGGAUUCCCACUCGAGGUCCAGUCCGUUACCCGCCGUCACAUCGUGAUCCCCAACCGUCUGCCGUUACCUCUACGCUGAAAACACGACCCCCGAAGCAUCAUGGGAGUGGAAGGCUGCACCAAAUGUAUCAAGUACAUGCUCUUCUUCUUCAACUUCAUCUUCUGGGUGAGCAGCUUGUUUUUAACCCGCUCUCCGUGUUUGUGUGUGUCCAUGGAGCGUGUGUGAGUGUGUGCGCAGCGCCGCCUCCUCUCUUGUGUGUAACGGGCUCGGUGUGUCCAGACUGGCAGCUCGAGCUCGUCAUGAAUGAACGAAGAAAUGAAGCUAACGGUUCCUAACUGUGAUUUACAUGGUAACCGUUAUAACCUCCGAAUCACCGCGAGGCUCCCACUCACCACUAGGGGAGACCGGGGUCGAACUAACAAACACAUUUCCAGAAAGACGUGUGUUAAUUCAUGUAACUGCAUCACACAUCUACCAUUAGGGGAAAAGAGUAGUUCAAAAUGAUGGAUUCAUCACCUCAGGAGAUACAUGAGCUUGGAAAUAAAGUGAGACAAAGCGACUGAAACGCCACAAAGAAGAGUCCUAACUGUAGUUUCAGUUAGUUAAAACCCAAAACAUGUUCAACAGUUUUAAUUGGAGUCACGGUUAACUAGAAGAUCAUCAAUAAGCGGCGAAUACUUUUGGAAAUGUUUAGUCUGAGAUGUGGAGGCUAGUCUGCUUGGUUUUGGAUAAUUGCUUUGUUUGGAUUACAUCCUUCACCCAGUAUGUGUGUGUGUGUGUGUGUGUGUGUGUGUGUGUGUGUGUGUGUGUAGGGGGGGCCCAAGGUGGUUUCCAUUUGGUGAGUCCGGCCCUGAGUUGGGUGAUGGAUCAUGGAAACAUUUGUGGGUGUUUAGUUUUACUCUUGCGCUGCCGCUCAUUUGCUUUUCUCACUUUCUGUCUCUUUCUUUGCUGUUUUAAACUUUCCAAACCUCUGCCUGCAGCUGAAGUUAAAACACUUGUUAAUUUCACGUUUUUGAAAUAUCAGUUUGCGUGGAGCUUUGAAAGCAGCCCAACCGGCUGAAUUAAGUCUCCUCUAGACACUUGUUUGAGGACAGACUGUUUGAGGGUGGGCGUUGCCACCAUGACGUCAGCCAUCUGUUUCUGGACUCCCAUUUCACAGACUCCAGUUUGGUGUUUUUGGUGUCUCCAUCUUUAUUUUGGAGCUACAUUUGGACAAGAGAGGGGAGCUGGAGAGGAGAUGGGGAGUUAGACAACACCAAACUGAUGUAGCACUGGCUGUGUCUGCAGGGUUCACAGUUACUGUAAUAUCAUUUGGGAUGGUAAAUUUGUCCUAUUUAUUAACCGUAAAUGGAUGAUGGCUUAACCCUGCGGUGAUGAGGCGGGGCAGCAUGACCCAGUCUGUGGGCUGCUCUUCCACUUUAUGCUCUGCUGUUUGUAAAGUAGGUUAUUGAUUCAGGAGAUGGCAGCUUGAUUACACUGUUUAUCUGACAAAGAUGUUAACUUGGAUGUUGUGGUGUAGAAACAUCAUACAGUUUCACUGAGAAAGGCCUAAAUACCGAAUCACAGAUCAAAUGGAAGACUCAAGCAGGUUGAUUCAGAACUUUAAACAGCCUUAUGAAACAUUGAAAUGAUAACAUAGAAAAGAUUACAAUUAAGGUCCUUUCACACCGGGACCGUUUUUGUCGUGCGAUUUUUCGGGUGUCAAUAUUUGACACCCUGUACAGGAACCUGUAUCCUGUCAAUACAAGUGUUCACAUCAGCGACGUUUUCCCGUUCUGCGAGAUUGCGGCAUUUAUUUUUUCGGAUCAUGGUCGAUUUUUCUGAAGUUUCGCAUACUGUGUGCGAGAUUGUGUGUUUUUGCAAGGUCUGAUUCACAACAUGGCUGACCGGCUGAUUGUUUAUGAUCAUUUACACAAACAUUACAAAGAUAACGACCUGAAGGACAACUUGUGGAGAGUCAUAGCAUUGGAUUUCUGAUAUGACGAUGGUUUGUUUGCUUUAACAGUUUGCUAAACGUCUUUGUUUUAACUUUCAUCUGUGCUAACGUAAGCUAACGGUUGUUACCAUAGUUUCAUGUUCUUAUCCGGUACUGGCCCCGACUCAGUGCUAUCAUAACAAAAAGCCAUCUCAACACUAGUGUCUAGUCCUCUGCCUCUUCAAACUUGGCGCUAAUUGUUUCAGAAGAACUUCAAAUUGUCCAACAGACAUCCAAAAAUAGGUUCUGAAGCGACCGUGGUACACUUUCAGCUCCUGAACCAAGCAGUGAAACUCUCCAAGUUCUCUUCUUUUUGUAGGAAGAGAGGAUGGUAAGGGAAGGUCCCGCCCUCCUUCGCCUCUGAUUGGCUAUAAGUGCUGACUGUUUGGCUUGAGUGUGUGAUGACGUUUCCAGCUUUUCUAGCCAAUCAGAGGCGAAGGAGGCAGGAUUUCUCCCGGGAAAAGUCUUCCCCGGGAUGCGUCUUUUUCCCCCCGGAAAGUUGCAAAAUCACAUUGGGCUUGAUGUGUAUUGUCAGGCGUGUCAAAAUUCACCUCAGAAUAUUUCGUGAUUUCCGUUCCAUAUUUGUGUCGGCCCCGGUGUGUAAGGACCUUUAAGCAGCAACUUCAAGUGUGGAAAAAUGAUUCAUUUUGCAUUGCAUUAGUGCAAAAUCUGACUCUCAAGUGUCCACCCAAAGCUGAGGAAACCCCAUUAAAGUCCACACAGCAAUUUCCAUUCUCACAGCAGGUUUAAGGAAGUUCAAGACAACUUGUGGUCUCUUUAUAUAACAAGUCAUGUGUUUUGGUUAUCUUAAGGCUAUGACUGUGGAUAGGAAUAGUAAAGAUAGGGAUAGAAACAAGUCAACAGUGUCAGCUUCAUGGAAGUGAAAUGAACAGACACAUUCCUGAAAGUGUAACGAAAGUCCAGCCGUCAUUUUUGACUGAAUCAAAUGUCUGUCUUGUUUAAGUCUCGGGCUGCUGCAAAAAGAGUAACAGGUUUGUUCUACACCUCUAUACUUGGAGAGACUUUGUGUUCCUAUAAAAUGAAGAGUCUGCCUGAAUCAGUAUCAGUCAUCCCCAUCCAUCCAUGUGUAUUUGUCACAGGAUUUCCUAGUUAGUUCAACUCCUUUUGUUGAGAAAGCUACAGAGCAACCAGAAGGGAAACUAGCCUAUCAACAGACGGGACAAGCUCCACCAUGCUAAUGAGCAAAUCUUAAAGAACUUCAUCAAAGCUACUUUUCUCAGUCUAAGUGACCCCUCUGUGAGGAAGCUUGUCAGAGCCUACUUCGCCCUCUGAAAGACCUUUCAGUUUUGUGCUGUUUUUGGCCACAACACAUGUGUCUUCCCUCAGCAGCGAAUCAGUCAGCUGACCUGUCUGGACACAGUAAUGUCUGAAGAGUUUGUUAUUUUAGAUGUUGGCAGCGACUGCGGUGUGUUUUGCCAAGUUAAACACAUAGUGAAGUACAUUGGUUUUGUCAUUUUGCAGUCAAAAUAAUAAAGGUUAAAUGCUUAGUUUAAAGAUACACUGCCAUUUUUGUAUUUAACCUCUGUGACAGCAACCCAUUUCAUGACAGGUGGUCAUGAGCUCCCAGUUUACACACCUGUGUUAAGGUCUCUACACACUGGGGCCGACACGAAUAUAUAACGCGCAAGUACAAAAUAUUCAGAGGCGAAUUUUGACGCACCUGACUAUACACAUCAAGCCCAAUGCGCCUCCUUCGCCUCUGAUCGGCUAGAAAAGCUGGAAACGUCAUCACACGAUUGAAAGCUAAACGGUCAAAACGGUUAGCACUUACAGCGAAUCAGGUGUGAUAGGAUAAGCACAUGAAACUAUGGUAACAACUGUUAGCUUACAUUAGCACAGAUGAAAGUUAAAACAUAGACAUUUAGCAAACUGUUAAAGCACACAAAUUAUCGUCAUAUGUGAGAUCCGGCGCUUUGACUCUCCACAAGUUGUCCUUCAGGUCGUUAUCUUUGUAAUGUUUGUGUCUUUUAUCAUAAAGCACUCUGUUCUCCGACACGUAAACAAUCAGCCGGUUGGCCAUGUUGGAUUAACCGGUGAAUCUGGCGUCGCAAUAACACGCAAUCUGAUUGGUCAGAAGUGAACACACAGUAUGCGAAACUUUAAAAAAAAUCGACCGUGAUCUGAAAAAAUAAAUGCCGCAAUAUCGCAGGAUGCGAAAACGUUGCUGGUGUGAACGCUUGUAUUAACAGGAUACGGGUAUGAAAAAAAAAACCUGGCGCCAGAAAUAAUCGCACGACAAAAACAGUCCCGGUGUGAAAGGACCUUCAGAGCCCUUAGUUUUGAGUCUAGGGCUUGUCUCAUCCCCACAAGGUAUUAUUUAAUAUACCAACUGGCUACAACUCCAUAUUACCCCUAACUUCAACCCCUGAAAGUGGCCACAUCAUGAAGUUUUCUAUUGUGAAAAUAUGUUGACAUUUUUCAUAGCUCAAUUUUUUUGGGAAUGACACAAUCUUAAUCAUAGGUCUGUUUAAUCGAACAGUUGUUUAUCAAACCAGCUACCAGCAGAGCUCUGAUAUGGUGCAUUGAAGAUACGACUCUGCCACGCCCAUGAAACUGUAUUUUAAGGCUUCAAAUAUGGACCCUGUUGCUGUAAACAGCCUUCAAACUACCCAUGCAGUGAGGGAAGAAAAAGCUUGUUGUAUUCAUCCAUAAUGAACAACAGACAAAAAAAGAAAACCAACUUCCUGUGUGUGUGUGUGUGUGUGUGUGUACGAAGUGUUGGUAAUCCUUCUGUAAAGUGACUUAAAUUUGAUUAUUAAUGCAUCACAAUAUCUCGCAGACUCCUCCCUCUGUUAAACACAAACUCCACUUCAGCCUUUUAAGUGUUAUUGCCUCUAAAGAUCUCUGAGAAAACACCAGUUCACUCUGUCUGCUGUGUGCGGUCAGUGAGCAGCAGGCUGAAAGGGGGGCUGGCUCUUUAAAAUGGGACCUCCUGUUUCGAUAAAUCACACUGGACACUGAGAGGGUCUGGGGGAGGAGGAGGAGGGGGGGGGGGGGUGACUGCAGACAACACCCUAGUACCCACUCCCCCUCCCUUAGCAUGCCCAGCAUUCUAUAGCCCCCUGUCCUCUGGGCAACAGGCAGAAAUAGACUCCGCUGGGAGAGCUGCAGCUGAUCUCACAUGCAAUUAUAUUUGACACAAUUUCUAUUUAUGAUGGAGUAAAAAAAAUCACAGCGAAAUUCUGUGUUUGAAAGGCGUGGUAAUCUUUAAUUGAAUCAAUAGUCUGCUCAGAAGGAGCUGAUACAGCCACACUGUGGGAGAGCCAGCAGGACGCCCUGUCUGUGCAGACGGCCGGCUGUAGUAAACAUGUGGUUACACCGUUUUCUUAAAGCAACAUGUGUGACAGCGACUGCUGAAUGAGCAACAGAUGGUGAUCGACAAUGUUUGUGGCAUCUGCUACCCUUAAUAUUACAUGUCACAGAAAAAGGUCCAGGAAGCCUUUUUAACCCAAAUCCAAACCGAUAUACUGCUUUUGAAGGAGUUUAAAAUAUGCAGCAGGCUCUCUUUGGUUGGAGUUUCUGCAUCUGAUUAAAAGCAAAUUAUAAAAUCUGUCAGAGAACCCCAAUUAGCUAAAAUGCUGACCUCAGUUUUGGAGCUGCAUGUCCAUUUGCAGUUUUAUCGUCAUUGCCUAAUGCAUUUUUGCAAUAGACACACUGUAAGGGUUGCUGACAUCCAAUGAAUAAGCAAAAAUAUCUAAGUCCAAUAUACAACAUCACUUCUUCUUAUUAUUGUGCUUAACCUACCAGAUCAGCUAACAGACAGCUAACCCAGAACACUUGGUGUCAAUAUGGUGACAGCUGUGAGGUUAGCUGGUACAGUCCUGAGGGAGGAGAGACAAUCAAAGAAAGUAUAGUCCAGAAAGUUAAGUCUUGGUGCACUUUCUCUACUUCUGAGAGAAGCUCAGUUUAUCAAGAGAAAAAAAAAGGAAAACCAAUAAAUUAGACAUGUUUACAAUUAAUCGAGUAUAUGCUCUAAAGGUCCUUACACACCACGGCUGACACAAAUAUAGAAUGUGAAAUCAUGAAAUAUUCAGAGGCGAAUUUUGACGCACCUGACUAUGCACAUCAAGCCCGAUGCGAUUUUGCGACUUUUCGGGGAAGAAAAGACGCAUCCGGGAGAAGACUUUUCCAGGGGGAAAGUCCCGCCUCUUUCGCCUCUGAUUGGCUAGAAAAGCUGGAAACAUCAUCACACACUCAAGCCAAAUGGUCAGCACUUAUAGCCAAUCAGCAGCGAAGGAGGGCGGGACCUUCCCUUAACAACCAGCGUCCUGGAUGGAAACGAGAAGACAAAAAUGGAGUCUACUUCAACUUCAAGUGAUGGCGUAUUGGUACUCCUUUUGCUUUCUCAAAAGAAAAAGAAACAUCGCACAAACACGACGUCGCAACAACACGCAAUCUGAUUGUUCAGAAGUGGACACACAGUAUGUGAAACUUUAGAAAAAUUGACAGUGAUCUGUAAAAAUAAAUGCUGCAAUAUCGCGGGACGGGAAAACGUCGCUGAUGUGAACGCUUGUAUUGACAGGACACAGGUUCGAAAAUUAUAUUGACGUCUGAAAUAAUCGCACGACCAAAACGGUCCCGGUGUGAAAGGACCUUAACACUUCUCAAAGGAAAGCUGAUUUGAAUGAUGGUUCUUCUCUUGGCAGGUGAUUGCCAACAGCCUUCACUAAAGGUAUUGACCCAUAUAUAGUACUUUGGUGACGGACUCUAGCCCACCAUGUCCAUACAAAGCCCUCAAACCGAUGUAUGGUGAUUUCUUGAGCUAGCAAAGUGGUACACCAGUAUCUUUGCACACUUUCAACAUCAGUGCCUUCUAAACUCGGCCUACUUCCACCUGACAUCGUGCACAUGCUAAUUAACCUUUCUUAGACCAUAUGACCGCAUAUCAGCAUGUUAAGCAAUCUAUGUGCCUCUGUGCGUUCUGUAACCAUGCCAAACUGCCAGUUACAUGCAUGAUUGAGCCGUGGAAAAUAAAGUUAUACGUAGAGAAAGGCUGAUUAACUGGCCAGGCUACUGCUGAUUAUUUUCAAAUAAUCUGCAUCACCCUCACUUAAGAGGCUGAUUAAUACGAUAAACAAAUGUCUGUGGACAUCAGUGUGGUUACUGUUGAGCAAUGUUAACAUCCCACUACAUAAGCUUGGCUCAGAUAGCCUUGUGCAUUAGAGUACUAAUGCGCAUAGAGUAAAAUAUUAUUUUGAAGUUGUUGCAUUUUAUCAAAUGCAAAUAAGAAUAUAACAGUUUGGAUUUGGCAUACAUAUUUGGUCAACCUGAUCUGUAAUUUUCUGUUUGGCUGUUGACAAAAUGAACUUUGUUCUCCUCUAAUUAUAGAGGUUUGGGAGUUCAGAUAGCACCACAACCUACUCUGCUUCAACUAAUGUCACAAAACCACCACAACCGUAAACCUCCACAUAAAUGUCAAAGCUCUCUCAGCUUGUUUAUGGUCAUGAAAUCUAGGACACCAAACCUUAUCUUUCUACAUGAAUCAUGACUCUGAACAUUGCCCUGCAAUAAAACCGAGUUUAUGGUGGGUUAAGCGACAGGUAAAUCUCAGUCUGUACACUGAGAGUGAAAGUAAAAGCAGGUACAGUACACCUGUGUGAGCAGACUGUUUUAAGUCUGUCAGCGAGAUAAGAUAAUGAAGAUAAGAGAUAAGAAAAUCAACAAAAACUACGGAUAAAAUAGAGUACACACCAAAACAACCACCACUCUCUAGACUAACUAUCCAGACUAACCCACCAAAUGGAAACUCUACCGGUGUUUGGCACUUGGCGGCUGUUACUCUGUUAGCCUGUACUCAGUGAUGGAAUUUAUUUGAUGAAAUUGUUCCACAGCUGACAGACUUUGGAAAAUGCUGAAAAAAGUAAAUUCAGCUUUACAGAGCUUCUUCUUUAUUACUGCUCUGCAGCUGUUCUGUCUGCUAAAGAUGUAUUCUUUGCUGUCCUUAUUUAACAGAAAGUGUUUUUUAUAUAUGGUGUUGAAACAGGUGUGCCAAGUAUAACAACAUUCAGCUGUGAACUUAGACACUACUGAUCAUAAACUGAACCUGACCUGCUGAACUCCCUGUAAGUCCAGGGUUUAAAUCAGAGGACCCUGAGUUAAGUUGCUUUAGUGAAUUAAUUUGUUCUUUAUUUAUUGUUUAUUGUUUCUUUGGAUUCCCAUUAGCUGUUGUCAAGACAAAGGUAGUCGAAAUAACUGCUGUAUAACACGAGCUUAAUCAUAAACUUUUCUUUGGGGCUGUACUUAACAAUACCUUUUUAUUUAUUUAUUCAUUUAUUUUACAAUUCAUUUAUUAUUGUGGUACAAAUAUUCACACAGAGUUAGCUUUAAAAAACCUGUUCAGAGAGGGUUGUUGAGUUAAUGUUUGACUGUUUUGAUACUUCCAUUGAUAUCUAAAUUGUAGGUCCUUAAAUUACUUUACAGCGCUCUUUAGAAACGCUGCAAGUUUCUAAAACUUCUCAAAAACUGAUGAGAAACACCUGAAUAUUUGUUGUCAUGUGUGUUUAUUUUGUGGCUGUACACACUGUCCUUUAACUUUUAACAAAACUGUGUAAAAAGAGUAAAAAAAAAACACGUGUUGAAGGUUUUGAAUCAAAAAAUCCCAGAAAAUGAGUCCAAAUAAGAUCGAACCCUCAGAAUGAUUUUCAGUGACUCAUCUCAGGAGCUCACAUGUUCACUGAAGGGUCCGUCAUAGUUAAGUCAUUCUGUGGUGUGUGUGUGUUUGAGUGUGUGUGUAAUUUCGAUGGUGUCUGUGUGUGUGUUUCUGUUUGUGAGUGUUGUGUUGAAUUUCGGCGCUCUUGCCAGUUGUGGUGUUGAUCUGGUUGCUAGGCAGCAGCUGGCCUCAGCUCUGGAAUUAACCUCAGUGAGAGACGGUGAGGAGGAGAAAGGAGGGUGAGGAGGGCCAGCUGAGCCCAAGCUAAUGUUAGCCGGGUUAAUGAAUACACCGCUCCCGUCUUCACUUUCUGUUUGAAUUUACUGAUUCACAGGGUUUAUGAAAAAAGAAACAUUUCAACUUAACAUCUUGAAUCUUCAGUGACAUCCUAUUUUAUGAAGCUAUUCAGACUGAACCAUGUUUUAGUCAUUUUUCAGUCCUAUUUUUUUUUGUAAUCACUAUCAAAGGGCUCACUUAAAAGUUCUAGAUCUGUUUUUACACUGUCAAAAAGUGACCACAAAGCAUAUGAGUGGCAGAUUCAGUAGAAAAAUAGAAAAUAUUAAAUAUAAAGGUGGCUUUUCAUUAUUGGAAGAGUGUAAAAAGUGUGAAUAAUUUUGUAGAUACUUUCUAUAAAUGUGAAACAAUCCUUUAUAUUCCCCCGGAUCCCUUUUCUAAACCUAUUUUAUGUCAUGAAAAAUUGUAUAUUUUUUUUUGCGAUGUGUUGUUUUCCUCAUUCUGUUGUUUCAUUUUUAUCCUGGGACCUACAAAGUAAACACAUUAGGAGGUCUGAGGUUCUGAGUGACAGCGGUGAAACAACCAAGCUGGAUUUUUCUUCCCUCUGUCAAAAAAGGCUGAUGUGGUUUUUUUUUUCCAUGGAAGGUUUGUUUAACUUCUGCUGAAGCUUGUUCCUGCGCCCCUGCUCAGGUUUAUGCUAACCCUGGUUAUAUUUAGGAUUUCUCUGUCCUGGACUAAACAAAGGGCUGAGGAAGGCUGAUGUAAAUGUAACGCACAGAGGAACAAUAUGCUCCCUGACAAAGUCCCACAGUGCAGUGUGUUCAGGGUUUCCCCCAGGAAACUGAGCUGCAGUGGAGGUUGGAUGAAUACAUCCCAAAACAUCCACUCCAAUUAUUUGAACUGUGGAGUUCUCAGACUCCUUUUCUUUAGCAGGAAAACUUUGUUUUCAGCUCUAAGACAAAAUACAAAACACUCCUACCACAAGAAUAAGUUCUUCUGACUUUGAACAAAGGUAACCAAAAGGUAACCUCCACAUGAAGGACGUAGCAGUACUUCGUAUUCAGUGCGUUUUCAUACACACUUAAAAUUGAGUCACAGCCAUAGCUUGAUCAGGUGAUUUAACUGGAUUAUAGUUCUUGUCCAUGCACUUGGCAAGAAUCAAAUUAUUGACAGAAGCAUGUUCGCCUCUGCUACAGUAGGUGGACAUUCCCCUUCUCAGAUUACUAUCAGGCUGUCUCCAGGUUGACGUGUAUCAAAAUAGCCAGCAAAAGAUGGAGGCAAGAGGCUAAUGGGAUGUGACUUUCAUAGCUUUAUGCCGCUUGUUUGGAAUGUUUUGUCUUUCUAACGUGUUUUCCUCAACAUUGGAGGUUUUGUUAAGCAUAUUUGACCACCGGCUCGGAGCCCUCCAUGCAGACUCUGGUGUAGACUGCUUAGGCCAGUUUCAGUUUGACUGAGUCAGAGAAAAUCGAUCUCUAACCACAUUAUCCAGGUAUGUUAGUCUGGCUGUCAGAGGUUUGAUUUCAGCUGAUAGGGCUGCACCAUUUUUGCCAAAAAUAAAUUCCACAUUUUUUUUAAAAAACAGGGUUUCCCCUUCAUGCAAGUGAUCGUGGCGCACCGCCACACCUAAAAAAAAUAAAAAAAUUAUCUCACAUAGUUCUACCUCGGACUCGUAUGUAUCAGCAGUAUUUCCCCUACAUUCAUUCAGCAGCGGCGCACCGCUGAAGGAUUCUACACGCACUGUGUGAGCACAACGACACACAACGCAUCAAUUCCUGUCGGACCCUCUUCUAUCGACGUGAAAGAUACGACAAAAAGCUUUUUUUUACUCCUGAAUUUGUUUCCAUGUGGUUGGGUUGAUACCGCCUUCAGACAGACCUUGCUGCAGGAAGUGGUUUGCGCCUCGUCCAAAACUGCGAAGCCGUACCAAUUCCACACGACUGACUCGUUCUUGCCCUAUUUCGCCACAAAAUUAUCACCUUUUUUGCAAACACCAUGUUUGUUUACACUGGUGUGUGUGGGAACUGGGGUGCUCUCUCACACAAAGGGGGAGCCUGCGGUGGCUUGGAGGUGCAAGACAUGAUAGAGAGGAAAAUCAGGUGAUAAUUUAAAUUUUUUUCAACAUCGUCAUAAUUAAUUAAUCCGAUUACGAUUUAAAAUCGAUUGAUCAUGCAGCCCUAUCAGCUGGAUUAAUGUUUUGCAGACGCCAUUUUUCUGUUUUACAUAGAAGAAUCACACCCUGGAUAAAGUAGUGGACAGUCUCUCUCUCUCUCUCUCUCUCUCUCUUUGUCCAUGUAGAGUCGGUCUUCACACCUGUCAGGUAGGCGACAAGGGGUAGAGAUAACAGACUUAAUGUCUCCACAGGAGGCGCUACCGUACAACAUUCUGGCAACAUUCUUCUUCUAGCUGUUUUUAGUCAGGUGGGAUGAACAUCUGUACCCUUUUCAAAAUAAAAACAUAAUCAAAACCAGGAAGUACAGUUACCUAGGCAUACGGUUGUACACACUCCUGUAUUGAAAGUAUCACAUAUAGCAGCAAUUUAUUCUCUAAAACCGGAUAAAAAGUCAAGUUUCUAAUCAUGAGCCCAGCAUCCGGAAUAAUAAUAAUAAUAUUCUUGAGUCAUGUCUGUAUUACAUCCUUACUCUUAACUCUGCUCCUCUACAAGUGCCUCACUUACAAGAGCUAAACAAAGCCGGAGGGUACUUUAGGCAUGUGUUUAUGUUUGGUGUUAAGGCUGAAUGAUACAUGGUUUCAGCAUCAGAGAGAGGCCAGGCUGCUGUCGCAGUGAAGAGCAAACAGUGCGACAUUAAAACAAACACAUCAGUUCAUUAGAUGAGUUGAAUUGUAUGCCGUCCAGCCUGACCCCAGUUAGCAGGUCAUUAAACUCAUUGGCCUUAAGUAGCAGGAAAGUUCAUCCAAACAGAAUCCAGUGGGGGCAACUCAGCUGAGGAAGUUUGGAAAAAAAAAAUUAAAUAUUGAUAUUCAGCUUCAUGUUCUUACUGUUCAUUUGACUGCUUCCAUUCAGCACCAUCACUCAUGAUCCAUUGGAAAUGUAUUAAAGUUCAUUUCAAAAUAAAAGCAGGUUUUUGCAACUGAAGUAAUGAAGCAACCUAACAGCAAAACUAUUAAAAAUUGUGAAAAUAAAAGCAACACAACACUAAUUAUGAUUUAUUUUUCUUUUCUAAAUGUUAACACAAUCAUAAAUUUUGGGGGAUUUUAAGAGAAAGUGUUAAAAACAUGCAUACAGCAUGAUACAGCAUGACUUUGAACAUCAUUUGAAGCAGACGAUGACAUGUAGGUAAAGUUAUUGGGCCUAGUAGUGAUGUUUACAGAACUCACAUGUCACUCCACCAUUGGACUUAACAAAAAACAAAAUACUACAGUAAUAAUCACUUUACUUUCAGUCUGAUUACUCAUCUGUUGAGAUGGUGCAAACACAGCACUGAGAGUGUCCUGCAGCCACAGUGUUUUCGAUGGUUGAGAACAUGAUUUAAAACUUGGACAAGUCACACUCAAAGAUAAGAUAAGAACGUUAUUUUUUCCUUGAGGGGAAAUUUGGCGAUUCAUCAAAAUGAAAUGCACUGACUGACCUGUGUGUGUGUUUGUGUGUGUGUGUCUGUCGCAGCUUGCAGGAGGUGUCAUCCUGGGUGUGGCCCUAUGGCUGAGACACGACCCCAAGACCAGCAACCUGCUGGACCAGCAGUUUGAUGGAGCCCAACCCCCCAGCACCUUCUACAUCAGUGAGUACACCACAGUUCGGUGGGACACCUGUUUUGGUCUGUCUCCACCCUCUCUGUCUCUGUCUCCGUCUUGACUCUGUUUCCGUCUCUAAUUUGAACCCAAAAAGUCCGGACUCUGUGUUUGCCUUCUCAGUUUGAUUAAGAGGGAUAUGAGCAAGUACAGAGGAUGCUGAAAUAUUGACGUCUGUCUUCCUGCGGUGUGAUGCGGUCUCAGUAAUGACUCACAGUUAACAAUGAAUGGACAGUAAGUGCAUGUCUUCAGUGGAUGAGUUGCAGGGCUGUUGAAGUAGCUGACAGUAAUAUUUAUUAUUGAUAAGGGAAAGAGGUGACUUUGAAAGACGUCUUUAAUAGUUAAUUUAUCGUAGCAUCAUGAUAGAACUGAAGACCGUAGUCUUUGUUUCCUUUUCAGAUUUAUCUUGACAGACUGGAGGUUUGUUUAACUCACAAUAUCUGCAGAGGAACGUCUGCCAUCUACCAUUAGCUCUCUAAAGAGAAGCAUGGGUUGUUCAAACUCAAUAACCUAAAAGAUAAGACUGCUAACGUAUUUAUAUCUUAGUGGUUGAUAAAAGUAUUCAGAAGCAUGGGCUGCAAACACUGACGCAUUUUCACUUCAGUGAGCCAUCGUUAUCAGGAGAGAGGUCCAAUGAUGAAAUACUGACUCCAUUUUGCAAUCAAUCUACAAACUGGCAAAGAGGAGGAGCUAAUGCCUCCUGGCUAACAGCUGCAACCCUAUUCAGCCUGUCAGCUCUUUCUACACCUCUUAUAUUUAAUUGUAUACAUGAUUAUCAGCCCAAGAAGAUCAAAUGAAUGGAUGAUGUAAAGAUUCACAUCUGUAAAGUUGUCAAGCAUAGAGAAAUGAGCUGAAGAGACCAAAACAGAGAAAAUUUUUAGACUGGCUUUUACGUGGAUGGAGCUGAAACUCUAGUGGACUAAACUUCCACGUUGACCUCAUUUUUUCACUCUAUAGGUUGCCAACAGGUGGAAAUAACUGAGGAAACUGAAAGUUUUUUGAUUAGAAUUUGCUCAGUUCAAAUACAAACCCUCUUUUUGAACUAUUUAAUGUUGAAGAAUAAGGGCGCUUAGCUUACUUUGUUAAAGAUACACCCAUAGAGCUGAUUCUUUAAAGUUCUCAAGCUGUAUUGUUUUUAAAGUCUGUCCUAUUUUAUUGGAUUUUUACUCAAAGGUAGGUAAAAUGACUUUUACAUACUUUGUGUAAAAAAGGGCUGGAAGAAUAUAUCCACAUUGAUGAUAAAUGUUGUAAAAAAAGGAUAAUCCUGAAAAUCUAAUGCUGAAAAUAAUCCGAUGGUAACACCGUAACUAACACCUUAGUGGUCAUUUAUGGUGGUUGCCACGUAGGGGAGAGUGGGGUAAGUUGAGCCACCCCCUGUUGCUUGGAAAUGGUAAAAGAAAUUGAUCAUGUGACCAAAUAUUUAGGAAAUGGGCAUCAAUUCAUGGAGUCUGUGAAGGUUAGAAGUACAUGGGUGAAGGGGUUUGACAUUUAUUUAAAAAAAAAAACAUUUUUCACUCUUGAAAGUGAAUUCAGUCUAUCAUAAGUUUUAAUAGAAUUGUGUUCAGACCAAAAAAGAUCAUUUUAAAUUUGUUAAGCAUUAAUUGUGGUACCUAUGAGCUACAACAUGAGGUCAAAAACCUAGCAUAAAAGUCCACCAUUUUAGCUUAGAGGACUAAUAAAGUCAUCAUAGUAGUUCUGGGGUAAGUUGAGUCAGUGGCUCAUGAGAUGAUGAGGCUGAUAAGAGGAUCAGAGUUUCAGUUCAGAUUGUUGAAAAGUGUUACUUUUUCUUUUCAAAAUUACAGCUGUGAAUGUUCUGAAUCACUCUGAUGAGAAAUCAGAGAUUCUCAUGUUAAAAUGGCUUUUGACAAAACAGCUUUUUAGCAGUUAUGUGCAAUAAUAAUAAAAAGAAUCAUUGUACCAGUUGAAUAGUGUAUAAUAGCAAAAAAUACACAUGAAUGUGAAGAAGUGACUGUUAUUUAGGGAGAGAGAAGGUGAGGCAGGGCUGGGGUGGAUAUAGAGAUAUGGCUCAACUUACUCCAUACACGGGGUAAGUUGACCAUAGGAGACCACUCUUUUUGGCAUGCUAGAUUAUCAAGACAGUUAUGUUUACACUCAUUCUGGUUUGCAGGGAUGCACAACAUCUUGAAAUCUAUGCAGAUACACUAGUUAGAGACAAAACUAUGACAAAGAAUAAUCAUACUGCUAGCGAGCUAGCUGUAGCAGCUUUCUAAAUGAUGAUCAGAUACUUUUAAGGCUGAUUCAUAUGAACCAGUCUGUUGACAGUAAGUGAUUUGGCUUCUAUCACAGAGCCGAUGAGGUGAAUAAACAAAACGUCACGUGUCUGUCCACUCUUGUUCUCUUUCCUCUAUUUGACUGACUCACUGACGGCGCAGUUUUAAUCUAAGGCUUUGUGAACACUGCAAUAAUAUCAUUACUGUAAGUGUUUUUGGCUGAGACACCUGUGAGGCUGAAAUGUGAUAUUGCGACAGGCCUAACAGUAAUGUUGUCAAAUAUUUAGGAUAACAAACUGAGCCUGUCUGUGACAAAAACAAGAACUUGUAGUGGACCGAAGAUCACGUUGCAGCCUGUUUACUGGCCGGUGCUGGUUAAAGUAAUCCACUGAAGGAGCUCUAAAACAGUCAAAGUAGUUAGAAAUACCAGAAUUCCUUUUUAUGUGUUACAUAAACAUGCUGUAAAGUACAGGUGGUACCAAGCGGAGACCCCCUCCCCUCUCUCUGACCUGACCCCAACGUAAAAGUAUUAAAGUGGUGCGAAGCGGGGCGACUCCCAGUUGGCAGCUUCUUACGACCAGGCCUCAAAGAUGACACAUGGCCCAUCAUGUGACUCAACAUCAACGCAAAGUUAUCCGCUGUCACCUCUCCAAACAGCCCUGUCACGGCUGAGUCACCCACCCGAGAGGAAGAGGAGCCACGGAGAGGGGGGGAAGGAGAAGAAAAUGCAGGAUAAGAGACAGAGAGGGAGAGAAGGAGUGCUGGAGCUCCUCAGAGGCAGCAUAUCUGCGGUCGUACAGCCUUUCUCCUGAGCUGCCUCCGUGAUUGCAUCCUCCCGUUACAUAAACCUCCCCCAUUCCAGCAGGGAGAAAAAGCCUCGUCGGUUUAGGAAAAAAUUCCUCACUGACCAUCCCUCCUCCUCCUCCUCCUCCUCCUCCUCCUCCUUCUCCUCCUCGUGCUCAGCGGCCCCACCCCUCCUCCUCCCUCCUUGUGAAAGUUUCCCUCUCCUUCUCUGCACUCUUUCUUUCCACUCUCCCUCCCCCUCAACUUCCCCAUCUGGUUGUGGUUAGUGUUCCCGUCGCGCUGUCUCACUCACCCAUUUUUUUUCUCCAGCCCUCCCUUCUUCCCUCCCUCCCUCCACUCCUUUCCUUUUUUCCCCUCCUCCUUCCAGGAACUUUUCAACCUCUACAUCUGCUCCUUUCUCUCACCCGUGGACCAGCUCACAGUUACAACUACGCAUCAUGCCACAGGUUUAAAAAGCAGCAGGUUCGUCCUUUAAUAGAGACACAACUGUUUCUGCUGAAAAACUUGUAAAGAUUCUAGAGACUGAAGCGGAUGUUUAGCUGGCAGUGGGCGCUACUUUCCUGUGAAAUGUAGUGACGUUUCAAAAACCCACAUGUUCAACUACUACGCACAUCUUGUUUUUCGUGUUCGUCAUGUUGCCAUGCAGUGAGAGUUGAACCAUCGGUUCCUUCCCUCUUUGUGAAACCACCACAGCUUUUGAGGCAGAGUCAGUCUGUUGACAGGACAGUGUUUUAAUUGAGAGGGCACUAUGAGUCAGCUUCUGUAGAAAACAGAACAAACCAGACCUCAGGCCCUUUUUUUAAACUGAAUAAAGGAUGUUUGGGUGUUUUCUCCAAUGCAGAACAAGCUAAGGGGAAAACUUAAGGUCAUGACAUGUUGAGGUUUUACAUUUGUUUCCCUUCAUCAGUGUGUUACAUCAGACGAUGAUCUUUACCCAACAGCCAUGUCCUGACGUCUCUGAAAACGAUGAGGAAAGACGCUGAAACAUCCAACAGGUUUUCACCUUUGAAAACAGACCUCACAGUGGUUGCAAGAGACCUGUUAUCGUGAAAUGUAAGAGCUGUAAUAAGCAGAGCUUCCAGACUUGUUGUAAUAAAAAGCAAAGUCUUCGGCCUCCUAUGUGAAGCUCUUGAACAUUUGAUGAUAACAUCAUUUGGUCGUGUUACAGCAGUGUGAAACGUGUUGCAAAAGUAGCCACAAGGGUGCUGACCCUGACAAUCUGAUGGAGACUUUUUUUUUGUCUACUCUUGCAAAAUUUCUUCCAUCAUAACCACAAAAAUUGACACGGCUCAUUAAACAUUUACAAACCUUUAGACACCUCACAGUCUCUUUCACACGUACAAAAAGCCUCUGAAAAUGUCCCAUCUGUCUGGUUUAGUCGUGUGAAAACACAAGCAGCUGGAGUUUGAAUCAAGCGUUUUUGCUGCUGCCUCUUGUAAAUAGUCUGUAGAGAGGGGGUGAGUCAGUGAGUCAAGGUAAAGAUCAGAAACAUUAACUGAGACAGGCAAUUUGAUCAUGUUUUUAUUGAGCAGCGUUUCAAUGCUUUAACCCCAUCACAUGGCGUCAUUUGUUAGAGUGAUAUGGAUCAGUAGUUGUCUGUCCUAUGCAGUGGUCAUUUUGGCAGCUCAUUUAGAUUUCAUCUUAGUUCUAAACUGUGGACAAAAGGACCAUUAAGUCUAAAGGUCCUUACACACCAGGGCUGACGCGAAUAUAGAAUAUAGAACACGAACACGAACACUCGCUUCCACCCGGGCACGUCCCGGGUGGAAGCGAGAAGACUGACACAACAGCAGACUGACUGUUUUUAGUUCUGAUUAGACACUAGUGUUGAGAUGUCUGUCUGUCAUGAUAGCAUGUACUGAGUCGGGGCCAGUACCAGAUAAGCACAUUAAACUACAAUCCAUAAAUGUAAAGAAACAUCCAAGACCUAUCGGUGCUGUGACAGCAAUGCGAUUGAGUUUGAGACAGUGAAAAUACAUAUGGUAUGUUGUAUCUGAACAGGUUAGCUUACGAGCUAAAGUUACUUAGCACGGAUAAAAGUUAAAACAAAGACGUUUAGCAAACUGCGUACUCAUAUGAGAGAUCAGACGCUAUGACUCUCAACAAGUUGUCCUUCAGGUCGUUAUCUUUGUAAUGUUUGUGUCUUUUAUCAAAAAGCACUCUGUUCUCCAACACAUAAACAAUUAGCCAGUUGGCCAUGUUGGAUAUACUGGUGAAUCAGACGUCGCAACAACACGCAAUCUGAUUGGUUGGAAGUGGACACACAGUAUGAGAAACCUUUGAAAAAUCGACCGUGAUCUGAAAAAAUAAAUGCCGCAAUAUCGCAGAACGGGAAAACUUCGCUGAUGUGAACGCUUGUAUUGACAGGAUAUGGGUUCGAAAAAAAAUAUUGACGUCAGAAAUAAUUGCACGACAAAAAUGAUCCCGGUGUGAAAAGACAUUAAGUCAUGUUUUAGUGUAGAUUUAACUGAUCACAACUUUGUGCAUUGGACGACAUGAGACGUGUAAAAUGUUCCUUACAGCAGGUCAAGAAAAAGACACUUUCUGAUCAAACUGACUUUAGACUAAAAAGUUGUGAACAUGCACAGUGUGUGUCUAUAAAGUAAAGAGCUAAAGAGCACCUUAAACACGCCAUGCCUGCAGCGACAGAGGUGCUGGAAAGACAGUUUACUUUCAAGCACAUUUUCAUUUUUCAUUAGUUAGAGUUGAUUCAAAUGACAUGUCAGUUUCAUUUGCUCCUGAACACAUUUUAGACUGAAAAUGAUAUAAACACUGUUUAGAAUUUAAAAUGUACUGACAGUACCCCUUUAAAUAAAUAAAAAAGAAUCCCUUUUAAGACGACGACCAGGAAGCAUUAGGAUAGAGCUGCACCAUCAAGUGGCUUCAGAAAAUAAAGAGGAGUAGGGCCUCAGGAAAAAAGAGGAAGUCAAAAUUCUGAGAUUUCAAUCAAAAUACAUACUGGACUUCUUUUCCUCCAGUGGCCCUAAUCUUCUUCCGUAAUAAUACGCAGAAAAACUGAUGUGAAACUAUUUCUAGAUAAAUUGAAACUGUUAUCCAAACAUCUAAGUCUUCAAAGUUUAAGGUUUAGCUUUUAAGAGUUUAUAAAUCUUUUAUUUGUGUUAGUAUAUCCAGAGUUUUCUGCUGGGCAGCAGGGUUUUUUUUAUUAGUUCAGCAACGCCAGAAAAAAAAUCACUGUUUUCUUUUUGUGUUUUCAAUGUAUGACACUUAGUUCAACACUUUUUUUUUGUGUAGUUUAAUAUCUUACAUGUUUUGAAUACUACAAAAUGAAAAUGCCAAAGGCAAAGGCAUAUAGGCACUGUCUUCAAAACCUGAUAUCUAAAGAUAAGUCUUGACACAUACAAAAACAGGUGUAGGUUUCCCCUCCAGCAGCAGGUGUUGCCUCGCCGAAGGAAUAUUCAGCAUUUUAAGAAGUCUGAGCCAAUUUACAGACAAGUUAAAGUGAAACUAACAUGACUGGUCGUGUUAGUUGGAAAGCCCCUCAGCUGCUGCCAACACAGAUCUGUUUCAGAGGCUGUAUGUGAGGGCUGAAUCUUAAAAUUGCAAACAAGAAAGAGAAAACAAGCACUUUGAGUUAAAAAUGGGUCAGGUCAUAGUGUUAGUUCAGGCAGGCCGCAAAAUCAAGCUCAGUCCGGCUCUAGCUCCGCCUUUUUACGCCGUGAUGCCUGCUCUGUUCUGAACCAGCGGUUCUUUGCUGCUGCUCUCCCUGCCUCAGGCUUUGGCAUUCAGCAUGGAAGGACAGGAAAUUCCAAGAACAGACUCAUCUUGACAAAUAUAACAGAAUUGUAUUUUUCCCCGAAGGAAAAUUCAAUACAUACAGCAUGCAGAUAUUAUUUUCUGAGCAAACUGAAAUUGAAAACACAGACAGUUUCUUUUUCAAGAUGUCAGUAUGUGAAUUCCCCUCUACACUGCCGGGAGGCUGUUUUUAACUCUCAUCAUGUCCACCACAUUUAUCCAGUGUCACGGGUGUUACUGGUCUUACAUAAGAGGAAUUUAUCCUUAAACAAAUAAUAGGAAUAUAAAAUCUAAAUCUAAAAAAGUAAUUGUAUUUGUUGUGAUUUUGAAAAUGUAAUCUACAAAAGAAAAACAAAAAAACGUAAAUUAUUAAUCAAACUUGCAUAGACUGGGCACACUGGUAGUGUUUGUUUAAAGUCAAUCCAGUUUAUGGGCUCCCUGCUGUUUAUAACAUCCACUUCAGGUAAUGGAUGUCAAAAGUAAUCGAUAACGUCAUAGCUCUAAACAUAUAAUCCAGAUGUGUUGUGCUGCAUCAAUAAAACAUCCGACUGUUGUUUAUUAAACAAUGAAGCCUUCCUCUGAGCAAUUUCCUCUUCCCUCUUAUAUUUUUAAUUUGGCCAUUUAAAAUCAUGAGAAACUCUGACUGCAGUCGUCUGUGGAUGCAGCUGAAAAGACAUUUAAGAGAGUGUGUCCACACCACGGGAUGAACUGUGAACUCAGACCGUUAUCUUGUUUCAGCAUCACAAUGAUCGUAAUCACUUGUACAAACAGUAGUCACAAUGCAGGACCGAUGAUGACGUCUAAAACUGUGAAACCCUCACACAUACUGUUGCUGCUGUUUUGCAGCUUGACACAGGAGCACAGCCUUCCUGUGUCUGAUCUGUAGAUAGGGUCCAUCUGCUAACACCGCAGAUAAUGUCUGCUGGAUGAUGGAGGUGUUGGGUUACAUGAAGCAGCUCCUCAGUAUAUGUUUUUAGCAGCACUGUGUCCUGUGGCUAGCUUCUUAAACAAACUGUUCCCAGAGCAGAUUUACAGUGUCUACAUCUGCAGCACACACAGCAUAUGAACAGACAGUACAACACAGGCUGACUCCGUACACAGUGUGUUGGUGUGAGAGGACCUGACAUCCUCAGUUUGUAGGUGCAAUCAGCUAUUGCAUUGUUCAGUUCCAGGUUAAUAACAUUGUGAUUAAAAGCUAUAUUUGAAUACCAUUGUGAAAAAAGCUAAAAACGACAUCACACACUCAAACCAAACAGUCGGCACUUAUAGCCAAUCAGAGGCAAAGCAGGGCGGGACCUUCCCUUAACCUACAGCGUCCCAGGUGGAAGCGAGAGGACAAAAGUGGAGUUUAUUUCAACUUCAAGUGAUGGCCAAUUGGUACUCCUUUUGCUUUCUCAAAAGAAAAAGAAACGUAGCACAUGGGUGCAUCCAAUAUCACAAAAAAAGAAGAGAACUUGGUGAGUUUCACUGCUUGGUUCAGGAGCUGAAACUGUACCACGGUCGCUUCAAAACCUAUUUUCAGAUGUCCGUUGGACAAUUUGAAGUUCUGCUGAAAUAAUUAGCUCCAAGUUGGAAGAGGCAGAGGACAAGACACUACACACUAGUGUUGAGAUGGCUUUCUGUCAUGAUAGCUGAGUUGAGGCCAGUACCAGAUAAGCACAUGAAUCUAUGGUUACAACUGUUAGCUUACGUUAGCACAGAUGAAAGUUAAAACAAAGACAUUUAGCAAACUGUUAAAGCUCACAAACUAUCAUCAUAUCAGAAAUCCGACGUUAUGACUCUCUACAAGUUGUCCUUCAGGUCGUUAUCUUUGUAAUGUGUGUAUAAACGAUCAUAAACAAUCAGCCGAUCAGCCAUGUUGGAUAUACCGGUGAAUCAGACGUCGCAACAACAGGCAAUCUGAUUGGUCAGAAGUGGACACACAGUAUGCGAAACUUCAGAAAAAUCGACCAUGAUCCAAAAAAAUAAAUGCCGCAAUAUCGCAGAACGAGAAAACGGUCCUGGUGUGAAAGGACCUUUAGUUAACAAAAUGUUCAAACAUCAUCAUCCUCACAAAUCGUCACCAGGUCAACUGAUCAGUCAAAAAAAAGAUCGAUAUUUUUAUCUCCUGUCGGCCUCGAACUGGCAGUCAAAUCUUAUGUCUGGGCUGUUGCACCUCCACCUGACUCCACUAGCCAGAGCUGCAGCUUGAUAACGGCCACUGCCAGAAUGCCAUAAUGCUCUACUACCUGGAUGUAAACAAGCACAGAUGGUAUCAUCGUAGCGCAGCAUGAUUUGACAGUAUUUCUCCUGUCGUGACAGAGCAGCCGAUGUUAGAUUUUCCUUUCAGUUUUUCACUAUUUCACUACUUCAUGACUCCUCUUGGUGGCGCUAAUGACAUUCAUUCUGCACUUACAUUUCAGGACAUUUUGAAAUCUCCUGGUAAUUACAUACAGGGAUGUGUUAGUGUAUGAGUGUCUUAACCAUGGAAUCCUUGUACCGUAAUUUUAUCGUUUUUGUGGGCCACAUAUCUGUUGUAGUAUCGUGAGUUAUCCUGCUAUCUCUCCCUUUAACCAUUUCCCAUAAUUACCUCUCAGUACAUUAUUGCAAAUGGCUGCAGCCAUUGUGAUCCAUCAGCUCCUCCUCAGAGCGUAUGAGAGGAUGAAGGAGGCCUGCAGAGUGGCAGACAGAGAGCAUAAUGGAAGAGGAUCCAUGAAAAGAUUAAAUCAAGAGAGACAGGAAGAGACAUUUAAGUAAAUGGAAUUAUUGAGAGCAUAAUUUGGAUUGCAUUAAAUAGAGAGAGCAGAGAGGGAGGAGAGAAAGAGAGAGAGGGAGGAGGAAGGGGGAGGGUGUCAAACUGGAGAGUCACAAUCUCAGAAAUGCAGGGAGCACUUGGUCUGUCUCCAAGAUAUCGAUUUAGAAAUUAGCCUCAGUGUGUGUGUGUGUGUGUGUGUGUGAGUGUUUGUAUGGGAGUGUGUAUGUAUAUGUGAGUUUGUGUGUAUGUGUGGCUCUGUGGGUAGAGUAGAGGCUGAGAGGAGGGAGAGAUGUAUGGGAGCGUGAUUGUUAGUGGUCUACAAUCGAGUUAUGGUUGAUCUGACAGGCAGGAGUGAUGAUGCAGAGGCUGAACACUCCCCGCCCCAAACCACGGCAACACACACACACACACACACACACACAGAUACAGACACAGGAUGACAUCACCUUUUGUGCUUCACUUUUAAAGUGAUUCUUCGGCUGACAUUUGCAACAAACGCAAAAUUUAGUGAUUGAGGGACACUGAAACGGUUCAAUAUUUAUUCAAACAAAGGACAUUCUUUUUCUAAGCUGGAGUUUUAGACAUUUUGAUAUUGGAAAAUGAUGCUGGUGUAAAAAUUGUUUCGCCUUGUGGUUUCACUGAGGAUGUUUCUUUCGUUUGUUUUGAGUUGGAAGUAAAUUGACAAAGCUGUAGGAGCUGGGAAUAAAUCAGCAUUUCAAUUUUGAAAACAAUUUUGGCCCAUGAUCAUAAAAAAAUAUGAUAAUGCAUCUUAUACUUUCCAUGAAGCACACCCUCCUACUCUUUCUUAAUGUGGUUUUAGGGAUUUAAAAGUUAAGUCGUUUUAAGUUGCAUUAAAACAUGUGAUGCAUCAUUGGUAUAUCACUAUUUACACCGGCCCAGACGUUGCUUUUCAUUUUCUCUGUCUAUUGAACCAUGCACAUCUGGGUUGGUAAAACUGUUUACAGGAUACUCUUGAAAAUUCUGCUGAAUAAAAACAAAGCUCCUUACACAUGUACAGGUAUUUUUAGACAGUGUACAGACAGCUUGUCCAUGAAAAUCUCCCCUGCUCGGUCAUUCACUCAUUUUCCAUAAGGACUCACAGGAGACACCAUAUGACACUAAAGGACACUGGUUUUUACAAGAUACCCAAGAUUGCAUCUGAAGCAGAGUCUGAGUCUAGAGCAUAACAGUGUGAUUGGUAAACAUUGGCCCUUUGGACAAUCAUUGGUACAUCAGUCAGCAAUAUUCUGUCUGAUAAUCUCUGCAGCUGAUUUUUAUGUAAAUCACAUACAUGUGUAUUUGUAAAGCAAUAACGCCUUACAGCUGACUCAGAGAAGUCAAGUCCCCUGCUAAACAAGCGGGUUGACUGAAAUGAUCAAGCAUAAAAGAAAAUGUUGGCAAUGUGGGAUUAUUACACAGUCUCUCAGAAAGAUCAGUGGCAUGCAGAGACUAGCAACAAUUUAAGUGCAUCAAAUCUUAUAGCUUAAUCAAAAAUCAGACACAAAAUACAUCAAAAGAAGUCAUGCAAAACGAUGCCAGAUGGUGGCGGCAGCCUAUUUGAAAGCCUUCAAAAAGAGUGUAGAGCUGUGAAAUUUGAAAGAGGGAAAAUUUAGAGUAGGGUAAAGUAGACUGUACAUUACUGUACAUGUAAACAUGCAAACCACACUGUCACCCAAACACCAGCUGGAGCUCAAAGCGGAUGCUAAGUUAUGCAGCGUAUACUUCCUUUAUCAGCAGCACCUCACCCUGCAGGCCCCAAAACUAGAUCUGACAAAACUGUAGACUUGUAGUAUCCACACCUGCAGCAGACACACGGAAGAGUUGUCUGAGCCACCGUGGUCUUUACCUCUCCUAUCAGGGGGCUGGACCCAGCAGGAAUAGGCUGACAGACCCACAAAAAAAGUGUAAUUGAAUUAAAAACAGACUGUAUCCAACGGAUUAAAGUUUGUCUUUAUUCACAUUAAAGUAUUUAUGAUGGGGAAAAAAGUAAAAUCAGUUUAAUUUAAUACUUUUCAGUUCCAGUCUGUCUGUGACCAAUAGGGAUGGGCGAUAUGGGCUAAAAAAAUUUAUCACGAUAAGAUUUGCCAUUCUGCCGAUAACGAUAAAAGUCUCGAUAGAAAAUAUUAUAAUUCCUAUCUUUGUUUUUGACUCAUUCUGUCUUGAGGACACCAGUUGGCAGCGUCAGAUAAGAUAUUUAUCUACAAGUUUAAGUGGUGGGUUAUAGAGAAAACUAGUAAAAUGUGUAAACACUUCCAACAUUUAUUGAAAACUCUUAUUGCACAGAGUGAACAGCAGCAGCAGAUCAUCUGUCUGAUGUCAGGCAUACCUGAUUGCACUCAUCUAAACCCCAAUCUUCAAGGAAAUCCUUCAUGUUGAGCCUCAUUUAGCAACAAGCUCCUCAGAGACGUCUUCUUCACCACCUUCGGCCAUGUUUGUUUGUUAUCCUGCUGUAUGUGGGCUACUGCUACGAGACCGUUGCGCACGCUUACGUCAUCAACUUGCAUUUAUCGCGUUUAUCAUGAGAAGGCCAAUAUUUAUCAUGGAGGAAUUUUCUGAAGACAAUUGUGAAUGAUGAUUUAUCGCCCAUCCCUAGUGACCAAUAUUGCAUUCAAAAUUAUUGGUGACUGAUUGCUGCUUAUGGUAGUUUUAUGAGGUGUAUUGUUUAGAGCUGCUGCACACCUCUGCGUAUUCCUCACACUAACAUGCACUAUAACCUGACUUACAUGCAUUACAUACAUUCUUUUAAGUUGCUUUUUCUCGCCUCGUACUAAAAAUGGACCAUUUUAUCUGCAGUUGUAUUUUAAAGCAUUGUUAUCAACUCCACUUCAUAUUGCUUGUAAAAGGCUUAAAGUCCUGGAAAGUCAGAGUGUAGAGUGGGAGCCCUGACCGGUGUUACACACUCUCAUUCACACCUACGUGCAAUUUGGAGUCUCCAAUUAGCCUAAUGAUCUUGUUUUUGCAUGGAGGGGAGAAACAGGAGUACUUAGAAAGAGCACAUGUAUGCACAUGAGAACAUGAGAAGUCCAUAGAAAAAGGCUCCACCCGUGCGAGGAUCAAACCAGGGGCUGUCUUGUGUGAGAACGCACCACUCUGCGGCCUGUAAACAGCAACGACUCCAGCGAUGAUUUUAGUUGAAUUUAAGAUUGAGACUUGGAGUCGUCCUGUGCUGUCCCGUCACCCCCACAGCUAGGCUGACCCCGAAACUCCUGACCUGUGACCUCAGCUUUAAUGAGCCUGUUUUUCACUUCCUUUUCUCAGCUGUUGGACCAAACAGCUGGACUGUGAAACACACCCACACACACACCUGCCUGACACUCCGAUGGCUGUAAAUAGAAUACAGAAAUGAGGAAAGAGGAAAAUUCACUCACUGCUGCCGUCCCUCUGUCCUUCAUGCUGUCAAACAUUAACAUGUGUGUGUAUGUGUGUGUGUGUGUGUGUGUGUGUUUGUGAGGACCCAAAAACAGAGCAGGGACUGUUCGGUGUGAUGAAUUAUGGAGCAGGCGCUUUGUGUUAGAAACCACCAAACAGCUUCCUGUGAACAUAUCUGAAACAUGACUCACUUUAUUCUGCUGACAUCAAAACAACACUGCAUCCUCUGCUGGCCAGCAGGUGGUACUGCAGGUGUGUGUGUGUAUCUACAUGUGGUGAAGGGCAGCUGUUAAACCACAGUUGUUUAAAAGCUUUUAGUGGUUUCUCUUCCUGUAUGAGUCGUUCACACUGACAGGUGCUUCACUUCUGCCAUUUCUCUUUUAUUGAUACCUGUUAAGGUGCAUUUGCUGCCAGAAGUUAAUCAAUACUUUCUGUCUGUCCAGGUGUCCACAUCCUGAUCGCUGUGGGCGCAGUGAUGAUGGUGGUUGGAUUUCUCGGGUGUUAUGGCGCCAUCCAGGAGUCCCAGUGUCUUCUGGGAACUGUGAGUAAACGUCACAUUAAAUGCUCCCAGUAGAGUGUUAGACCCCUCCUUUUCUGCAUGAGCCUCUAAGCAGGGAGUUUAUCAAUAGUCCAUCAUGUUCUGCUGAUCAGCACAUGGCUGUAAUGUCUGAAUUCAGUCAAUAUGGGUGUAAACAGUUAGAAUUAGAGAUGGGAAUUGAAAAGAUUUUAUCGACGUUGAUGUCAUUAUGGAUUCUGCUUAUUGAUCCAAGUGUUUAUCGAUUCCUGUGUGGAGAAAAAAUAGGCCUAUUCAGCUGUUUUGUGUUAAAACUGCAGAUCUGGGUUCAGCGCAACUUUCACCUAAAUACCCAAAUAAGAACAUUUUUGCACAGUAUUCUUUCAUGUUUAGGUUUUAAAUUAAAAAACAAUCUGUUGUGAAGCCAGGCCUGCAUGCUUGUGAUCAUGUUAAAGGGAUAUUCCGGGGUAAAAUUAAUUUAGGGUCAAACACACCGUAACACUGAUUUAAACACCCCCUCGAGAAAUGAAUGUUACCGGCCACUUGCUUCUCUAGUUAUACCAACUUUUGUAACGACCGCAGGAUCGCAAUACACAGCGGUCUGAGGAGCCAUAAACAAACCUCAAUCAAAAAGCCACUCUAUAGUCACAAAUAAUGCUCAGAACAGCACCUAACUUCAUCAACAGUACAUAUAGGGUCCCAGCCAUAGUACUAGCCAUCAAACAUCUUUUUAGCUUUGCCUGAUUUCUUAAGCAAAGACACUAAACACAACUCACCUACUCUCCUCCAGCAGCCACUUGUUUGCAGUGAGACCUCAGUCCAGUCGAUUACGGACUGCUGCGGGGUGACGCAGCUCAAGGAAGAACAUUAAUGAUCAUUUCUACAUGGAAAUGCAAUCAGACUGAGACGCUAAAGCAGAAGAACUACUGUGUCUGCAGUGCAAAAUAAUAAAUAUGGUGAUUAUUACUUUAAGGAAAUGGUAAAGGAAUGAUCAUAAAUGUUCUUCCUUGAGCUGUGUCACCCCACAGCAGUCCGUAAUCAACUGGACUGAGGUCUCUCUGCAAACAAGCGGCUGCUGGAAGAGAGUAGGUGAGUUGUGUUUAGUCUCUUUGAUAAAGAAAUUAGGCAAAGCUAACAAAUAGUGAUGUUUUGUUGAGGUUUGUCUAUGGCUCCUCAGACUGCUGUGUAUUGCGAUCCUGCGGUCGUUACAAAAGUUGGUAUAACUAGAGAAGCAAGCGGUCGGCAGCAUUAAUCUCUUGAGGGGGUGUCUAACUCGGUGUUAUGGUGUGUUUGACCCUAAAUUAAUUUUACGCCGGAAUAUCCCUUUAAUGUAGCACAAACCUUUACCACUCUGUGGACAUAGAGCCUCAAACACACAGUACUUUUGAUAUUUAAUGCUGGGCUAGGUGGCCAAAAGUUUAAGCAUGUUGCUUGUUUUUCCACCUUUACUUGAUGCCACACAGUCAGAUAUUGCAUUUUGAGUUAUAAGCAUUAAUUCAUGUAAAAUUAAGGAACUGGUUCGCAUUAGGAACUGGUUUUUCGAUUUCCAUCCCUGUCUGGGGGAUUAUCUGACACUAUUAAAAACUAACAUUUAAGGAGUUUCUGUGAAUCCUAAAACAAUGUGAGGCCUUGUGUCUCUUCAGGUUAUGAAUCAAUGAAUUAUUUAUACUUUCUAUUUGUUAAAGUGUUUUCAUUAAGGUCAGUUAUUUUGUUUAUUAGUUAAAUUCUGAAAGUAAUGUGUUGUGCUGCCUUUUCUCAAUUUGACUGAUUGAGUUGUUUAAUUUUCAAGUUUCCUGAAAAUAUUUCAAUAUCGUUGUUGUAGUAUUUCAUAGCCACAAUAAGCGUAGGGUGAAAAUCUGAUGUCCUGACAACCCUCAGCAAGUAUUUUAUACACAAUCAGAUUCAGAAUCAUUUUCCGAUCAUCGAUUACAGAGUACAUUAACACAGAGGAGGAGUUUGUCUUUGUGUCAGUGAAACAGUGAACAUAGAAUAACAAAAGAAAUCAAAACAAAAACACAAAGAGUGUUUGAACAAUAUUGGUUCUUCAGGGCCGAUACUGAUACUGAUUAUUGGUAUUGAGGUAUUUUUAUUAUUGGUAUUGGUUAUGAGACCAAUAACUGAAACUUCACUGAUAUAAGCUGACAGUAAAAAUGAUCAUUCUCUGUCAGAUUGAGAAUUUGAAAAAUAGCAAACUUCGACACAAAAAUGUUUAAUCCAAACUGAAACAGGAGUCAGUUUCACCUAAACAGUUCUGUUUUGUUACAUGGCUGUGAGACAGCGAGCCAAACAGAGCGUGUCCUGUGCCAGACCAGUGGUUCUCAAGUCAAGUCCUCGAGGCCCACUGUCCUGCAUGUUUUGGAUGUUUCCCUGCUCCAACACACCUGAUUCAAAUGAUCAGCUCGUUAUUAAGACCAUUACAGAGCUUGAUAACGAGCUGAUCAUUUGAAUCAGGUGUGUUGGAGCAGGGAAACAUCCAAAACAUGCAGGACAGUGGGCCUCGAGGACUUGACUUAAGAACGACUGUGCUAGACAUUAGAUGAGACAAGAGGUGCAAGAAUGCAGAGCCAGAAAGAAAGAAACAACAGCAGCAGAGUCCAAGUGGCUUGAUUUUUUUACUAGUUCAUUUCAUCGUCCAUCUGUGACAUAAAAGGCUAAACUUCAAGUACUGUUUUGUCUUUUGUACUAAGUGAGCAGAAUGUUUGAAAAGAUUGUAGAUUCUUGGGUAGAUGAGUUAAUCCUGUAGCAGGUAAAAAAAGCUGUAAGGGCUGCAACACAAUCCCUGACAGAUCAAAAUGUGUUUCCGCUAAAAGUUGUUGUUAUUGUCACUGACAGGCUCAGACGGUUAUUCUCACAUUUCUCUACAAAGGAAGUUGAAACUGCGCUGAAACAAACAGCAGGUUUACCUCAAAGGACACAUGACCCACUGCUGCCAUAACUAGUGCUAUAGUUAUACAGCAGUGGCAGCUGCUGGUCUUUUAAGGAGGGGAAGCUCGUUUUUUUCCCGGCCUACAUCAUAAAGGUGUCCUACUCUCCGCUUCUUUUCAAGAAAAUGAUCUGUGACCCUGUCUUGACAGAAGAGAGUCGCUAAACACAACGCUAGUCAUUUUUAACAGAGACAAAGUCGCUGGGGAUCGAUAAAAUCUUCGGAUCAGUUCAGAACAACGGAAUGAAAAACUUGGAAAAUGCUUUGGUGGAUGUUUAUACUUUAAGAAUCGCUGAUUCGCUCAUUUUGCUGUCAAUCAAAAAGGGACUCCACCUCAGACAGAUCAUCCAAUCCUCAUGCAGAAGCCAAAUGUCCGGGCCACUGUCGCCGCUGUUAUACAGUUAUAGUUAUAAUUUGACUUACUUGUUGGAUGUAAGCUGACCCUUCAAAAUGCCAAAGUCAUACAGUGGUACAAACAAACAGUCUGAUAAAAGCAGCAGUAAACUAUAAACUUCAUUUACCCUGACACUAACAUUAAUGGAGCGAGUAAGUUCUAACAGACAGCUGGAGCCGCUCUGUCCAAUCACUCAUGUUUUAUGCCACACCUUCAUCACAUGGCAGCAUUCCUCUCAAACUGGCCAUCUAUUUAGGUUGCAGAAACGUUCAGCCUCUUCCUCAGCUUUGUCAGUGCUGCCUCUGCUGGUCAGCAUGACUGUAUGCACUGUUUUCAGCUUCACACUUAGCCCAGCGGCCACCUACAGGCUGCAAGAGUUAAAAAUGAAUAAACUCAUCAUCUCUUUCAACUCAAGCCUCCGUGUCUGAAUGAGCUGCUUCUAUCACUGUUGUCGGGUGUUUUUGUAGAGAGAGCUGUAACGACUCCUCCAUAUCAGCCUUAAAACAAAGCAAUAACAAAACAACAGUGGCCUAGAAACGUGUGACAAUAAGGGCAAUUUAAUUCAGAGGAAAGCACUGUUAGCAAGAAAAGUUUGGGUUUGUUUUUAAAAAGUCCACCGAGCAUCCCAAACUGUAUGAAAUGUGUCAUUUUUCAUUACAAAGACUUUGAAUUCAUGUUUGUGUUUUUUCUUGCAGUUCUUCGCCUGUCUCGUCAUCCUGUUUGCCUGUGAGGUUGCAGCUGGAAUCUGGGGCUUCAUGCACAGAGACACUGUAAGACUACACACACACACACACACACACACACACACACACACACACUUCUCACUUUUUUAGUACAUCUGUCAUACAGUGUCUUGAGCACUGGGAUGGUGAAAUGAUCAAAGAAAUCCAAACUAAAUCCACUUCAGGAAAAGGCAGCCUGGUAAAAACCUUCCUGCAGCUGCUGUUUUUACUGCUACAGUUCAUUAAGACCGCUCAGGUUCCUCAUUCUGAUACAGUCAGCUGCUGCUGCUGCUCAGUAGACUGGCCCGUACCCUUGAAAACAGGAUUACUGCCCCAGUAUACUACAACUUUAUUCUCAUGACAAUAUGACUGUAUCCUUGUAAUAUUAUUACUUUAGUAUGACUUCAUUCUUCUGAUAUAAUCCCUUUUUAUGUUAACUAGGGCCCAACCGAUAGGGAUUUUUUGGGGCCGAUGCCGGCAUUUUAUUUCUGAAAUUAUCUAAGGAAAUUGGCAAGCUUUGGCCGAUUUCCGAUUAGUCUCAAACGGGCUAAAAUUGGCGGAUGUAAUUGGCUCGCCGAUAAAUCUGUUGGGCCCUAAUUUUAACAUCUUUGUUCUUGAACCCUUUAUUAAAAUAAAAUAAUACCCGAAAAACACACACACACACACACACCCUCAUUUUUCAAGCAGAAGCCGCUGUGAGUGAAUCAAAGUGAGACAGCCUGUCACGAUGUCCCACCUGCAAAGACAGAGUUCAAACCAAACAAAGACUCAGAGGUCAGGCUGACAAAAUAAGAGUCAGGGUAGUGUCGGCUGGUUUUGAUAAUCUUCAGGGUUCAGAUGACGGCCAUGCUGUCCUGAUUUCUGAGUUCACUUACUCAUGAACCCAACUGAUAGGAGGGUCAGCCUGACCGUGAGAAAUGGAGGACAGUUUGGAGCGAGCGGCUGAUUGAAUGGCGACAUUCCUGCUCUGUUUCAGGUGUCAAAGGAGAUGAUGAACUACUAUGACUCUGUGUACGACAAAGCCAUGGCGCAAAGUCUGACUGACAAGGAAAAGAAGCAGGCGGCUGCAUCUGUGCUCAAAGUCUUCCAUGAGACGGUGAGAUGAUACACUGCAAAAUAUUCUCCAUUCAUUAUAUUCAAUGUGUUUUUUCCUCAAGUCUCUAGUGAUGCAGAGAAGGGAUGUGUUAACCAUUAAAACCAGAGUUUGAACUGUUUUAUGUCAAAAGUUACUCUGGUGUUUGGUGGGAGCUGGAGAACAAACUAAAGAGAACCUGUGUAAGCAUCUGGAUCAUCCAUGGAUUUGUGUGUGCGUUUGUGUCUUUCAGCUGAUCUGCUGCGGUAAAGGACAGGGAACCACCUUCCUCACACAGUUCACAGACAUGUUUGGCAUGACCGACCUCUGCCCCUCCUCUGGAACCACAGUGGUGAGUGUGAUCACACAGAUCUUUACUUUAUUCCUUCAGGUGUAACAACACUUCACUGUGCAACUAAAAAACAUGUACAAACCAGCCCGUUCAAAUCCAGGGGAACGAUAAACAUGUGGUGCAAGAGAGGCUGUAAUCUACCGCUCCGUCAGAUCAGUGCAGAGUGACUGAGACUAGGCUGAGGAUUAACACGAUAGACAUGACUUGUUAUAUGUAAACUUGAGGUGACAGAUACUUAAAGUCAGAGCAAUUCCUGCAACCACUCAUUUCAUAAAAAAAUUCAUGUCAUUCGUUUUUUUUGUAUGUACUGUGCUGCUGUAGAAAUCUGGCGCUGCAAGCUUCAUAGCAGCCUUAACUUUUAAGUUGAUACAAAAAAAGCUGAUUAAGCAAAAAACUCCAACAUGAAGGUGGAGCUUGGCUGUCAGUAACCCUGUAUCUGAUGUGACUGACUUGAUUUCUUCAUUUUUCUUCGCAGAACUGCCACACAAGGAUCCAGGAACUGUUCUCAGAUAAGAUUUAUCUGAUAGGUAUCGCCGCGCUGGUGGUCGCUGUUAUCAUGGUGAGAACAUAAAGCCGCAUGUCACACUGAUCAAACCUUUGAUUAACAGUGUCUUUCUUCAUUGGUGUGACAAACAGUGUGAAUACUUCAUGGUUUGAAGACCUAUGAUUCUCAUUUCAGUCUUUCAAUUUGUCAGUCUGACAUCUAUAAAGUAGCCUCUUUUUUUAUCUAGCACGAUCAUUCAAGCCUUUUCAGUUUCUGUCUGAAACUCCUUCUUUUAACCGCUUUUCCAGUGAUAUAAAGUUACUUAUAUCUGACACAGCAUGUAGCAUUAAAAGCACUGCAGAGCACCAUUAGUGUUGAAUUCAGACACAAAUGUUACUACUCAAUGCUUUCUGCUACUUUCUGCCAUUCCUUGGAGUUAUUCUACCUGCAGCUGCCCCAAACUUGAGUGCAGAGAGUUUGGAUAUUUACUUACUGGGAGGAGUUUUCUCAUCUCAGCUCGUGGAGUCAAAGACGUACAAACACAGCCACAUCAGGGAGAAACAUUUUGCAUGCAAGUUCUGGCAAAUUUAGAAAAAAAACCCUGACAUGAUGUGAAUUUGCCCUUUUGCUCCUCUUCUCCCUUUUUUUUAAUCUCCUAAAAUUAUCCUUUCAUUUAUUCAUUCUGUGUUAUUUAGUUAUCAGUUUCUUUUUUUUUUUUCUUUUUUUUUACUUAUUUAUCGUCGCAUGUCUAUUGGUUGAUCCUGUUUGUUUUUCUUUAUUUCUACAAUGUGUAAUGGAUAUUUGAUAUACAUCUGCAUCAUAUGCAGCAGUACCUAGGUAUGGGAUUGUUAUUAUUAUUAUUAUUUUAUUUAUUUAUUUUUUAUUUAUUUAUUUAUUUAUUUAUUUAUUAUUUUACACCACUGAUCUUGUCGCAGAUACUGUUUAAUAUUUAAGGAAAAACUCUAAAUUACAAGUAAAAAAAAAAAAAGAAACUAGAAAAAAAACAGCAAUUUACAAGUGUGUGUUGAAGCAUUGAUGCUGUACCAAUGGUUCAAAAUUACAUGGAUAAUAUUGGCUUUCCUAAUGCAUAUCCAGCAUCAUAAUGUGUCUGUAUUAAAGGUUGGGUGUCCUGGAGAUGGUGUACUGCUGAAAGCUCCUCUUUGUCUGCCAAUUCAGUUUUUCUGUCAAAGUGUACCAGUGAUAGUGUUCUAGGUUGAAGCAUUGGACUUGUUAUUCUGUGUUCAACAGAUCAUUUAGGCUAAAAUAUACAGAAUCCGUAUUGAGCGCGUUAUGUUGGCGUCACGUCUCACACAGCAAGUAGGUUGCCAUUCUAAUCAAUGCAGUAUCGCAUACAGGACACAUAUCAGCUCAGUAUCAGAAGCGUGUCGAGCGCGGCCCAAGUCUAUUUUUGCUGCUCUACACCUCUAAUAUGUGUCAAUCUUCACAGAGAAGAGCGUUCUAGACAGGAAGUCAAGCAUGAAAACAUAUGCUUGUCAUCCGGUAUUUCAAAGUAAAACACCAUAUGCGAACUCCCGACUGUGUAUCAGUUCGUGUAGAUGAGAAAUACUCCCUGGUUAUGGAUUUAUCAGUAACACAGAACAAUCCAAUGGUCAGUCCCUGAUCCAUGUGGACCCCAACAGGACUUUUAACUGCUAACUCUGUCUGAAGGUAACAGCACAGGAUAAAUGAACAUAGUUUCCUUUAUUAGACACGAGUAAACCUACAAAAACCAAGACUGUAAAAUCACGUUGCUUCACAAGCCCCAUAUUUAAAAACCAAGUCCUGUUAAACUGAUGAAUAAAAACAGACAGUGUAAAACAUCUUUUCAUUGAGCACUCACUCCUCUGUUUGUGUUCUCUCUGCAGAUCUUCGAGAUGAUCUUCAGCAUGGUGUUGUGCUGUGGGAUCCGUAACAGCCCGGUGUACUAAAGCGUGGGCGUCCAGCCGGCUCGCCCUGAAGGAGGGACGACCCCGCUGUCCGUCCCCAUCUCUUUUUUUUUUUCUUUUAUAAGCAGAAGAUGUCACAUUUAUUGCUUGCUGGAUUUAGUUAGCUCUGUGAGGAGAUCAUUUAAGCGUCCUCCAUGGAGCAUUUUAAUGACACUGUCGAUGAAGUUUUUGUUAGUCACAGAUGCUGUUCUGCUUAUUUAACCCAUGCUAUCCUAACCUAAUAGGUAGAUAUUAUAUCACAAUGUCACACCUGAGUUACCCCCACCUGUCUGCCCUGGUGCUCGACUCCUUUACUUGUUUACUGCUUUCUAUGAACAUGCUUUAUAUUCUUGUUUUAUGGAUGUUUUUUCACUGUUUUAUGUAUAAACUGUAUAUAAAUAUAUAUAUUAACAGUGCUUUAUGACUGCCUGAGCAUGGAUGUUGUAUUACACUCUUCAUACAAUCUCUGCUUGUUUGUGUUGCUCCAGACUGAACCAAAUGAUGGAGACGCUUUAAUGUUGGCAUCACCUCUUUUCUGUUGUGUCUACUUAGCAUCCACAUCGCUGUGUGACGUCUGCAGGAACUGGCUGCAGGAGGAUUUUAUCUCAGUCGCAUAAAACUUUAAAAAACGCUGGAGGAUACCUUUAGAUUAAAAAAAAAAAAAAAAAAAGUUGCUUCAAGUGUAAUCAAGUCCUUAAAAAUCUAGCAUACUCGUCCUGCGGGGCUGGUUUCGUCUGGCCUAGUUACAGACUUCCACAUCAGUACCAACAUCUCAGUUUUGUCGGAGCAGCUCGGAUUAUUUCAGCUCAGGAAUUUUUAGAAAUAUUUCAGGAAACUUCCUUCGGUUUGAUCUCCAGGCGGAUUAAAGAGAAGUCUAAAAGAGAAAUAGUCAAAGGUUUCUGUGCAAGAAUGUGUUUAUUCUUGCAGCAACACCUUUUUUCUAUGAACUCAUACAGCAGACGACACAGUAAAACUCCAGCCUGACGCCAGUUUCUAAGCAGACAGAGGCAUAUUUUGGCGUUUCCUUGUCUGGCUUAGUCUGCUCAUGUCUCAUUGUUCUGUCUUUAAAUCUUCACAUUGUACUAACCCUCCUCAUCAUCAUCAUGAUACGCGUAGUAAAUGUUCUCGUUGCAGGGCUGAUGGUUUGCACUAAGUGUUUUCAGCCCUGCAGAGGAUGCUAAGCUGUUAGUUUGACCCUGAAUGCUCUCCAAAAACACUUUGAGCGAGUGUGUUAGCGUGCAUGUACACAACAGAUCAGAGCAGACACAUUAUUAUGAACACUUUUUUGAGGGGUAUCACCACUUUGACGGUGUGUUAGGAUGAAGUUCUGCUUUGCAUAAUCACUGAAAGGACUAUACAAAGUUGUUAUUCAACCAAGUGUGCAAGGCAGUAUCUUGGGUGUGUUUUUGGGGUUUAAAUAAACACAACAGAGAAAUAUUGGUAAGGUUGCAAUUUGAGAGCAUCAACUAAGACUUCUUCAAACCAUUUUGCAGACUGCCCAGAGAAAAAUCAUAAACUCAAACUUUUGAAGUGUCUGAAUCACAAUAUGGUUAUUUCAGCGUCCUUUCAAUCAGUCUGUUGUCAUUCAAGCAAAAUCAAAUCUCUUGCUGUAGUAAAAACCAACUCCAGCGAGUGUAUUGUGACUCAGUAGAUAAAUAACAGUUUUAUACUAAGAAAAAGUUCCUGCAAGAAGCCCCUUCUAACCCGCAGCUUUAUGUAAUUAAUACCUCACAUUCACUGUCUUCAUAAUUGUGUGUCUGCUCCCUGUAGGUCCAUUUUUAACCCUCUCAGGCUGGUUGUAGUUGUGGGUUUUGUGGUGUUUAGUCUCAGGCAGCACAGUCACACUAACAGCGACACCCUGAGCUGUCUGCUGAGGUUCAGUGGGUCAGGAGGACCGGCUGAACAUGCUGUUUCUUCACUCCGUCACGGGCGAGAAAAUGUUCCGUCCUGAGGUCUGAUCCCGCUAACCUCUCUGCUGCAGCUCAAUUUAAUGUUAACACCCACUCACACUCAGUCAUGUCAUCCUGUGUAACCUUCGACAUUAUCACACUCUGCCAACUGAAACCCUAUCCUGUUAACAUCUCAAACUUAAACUGAGAACCAGUAAAAGUGUCUUGUAAUAUUUACAGCUCUUAUGUAUUGUACUAAUGAAAAUCAUGAAGGCUGUAGAAAGACAAUGUAUGCCUUUUUUCUCUUGUAUUGUGAUAACUUGUCUGGUACGUCGUCGAAGAAGGUCUUAUACAGAGAGGGUGAAGAUUAUGUGGCAGUGUGGACUGAGAGGAUAUCAAACCUUUAACCUGUCGGACUCUCUGACAGACCGGUUCAUGAAGCUGCCCCUCCUAUCUGAUGCUCAGGCCGCACUGCCUCUUUAAUCUAAAUCUCUCUGUUCUGUAGACUUUGGUUUGCCCAGAUAUAAAGGGAUUAAAUGUUCUUUACAAAUACACUGAA